AAACAGUUACGGCAGUGUGCGAUCCAAGGGAAUAUAUUGUUUCUCGUAUCUGUUGGAUGUGCCGCUAACGAGAAAAUAUUCGCAUUGCAACUAACUUGCCGUCAUGAUCGGAAUAACGAAUGAACAUGAAAAAUCGUAGUAAUAGUGGAAAUGUAACGUUUUUUUUUUGGACUUAACUAAAUUAUUUGUUUGAACUUUUGGAUAUAGGACAGUCCUGCGUUUAUGAUGAAUGAAGGAUCAUUGUCUGUGACUAUAAUUACGAUACAUACGGAAAUACACGUAUUCUUUGUUAUUCCUUACUUUCAAGUGUCCGGUACUGGGUCCUUUCAAAAACUAUCCUCAUGUCAUACUCACUGGUGCUAGUAAACGCUCGAGCUGACAGUUGCAUGUUGACAUCUAGAACCACGAGAGAAAUAGCAUGAAUCUUCUGAAAUAUUUUUUCUGCACCUGCAAACGUUAAUAUCUUUUAAUAUAUUUAAUAGAAGUAAUGCUUUAGAAGUCAUUUUGGUCGGAACCAACUUAGUUAGGUUAGUAGACAUUGUUUCUACUCUUAGUAGACUAGAUCAGACUAAAACUGAAAAGCUAUGGUGGAACCAGUGGGUUUUGUGGAGGCUUGGAAAGCCCAAUUCCCUGAUUCAGAUCCCCCAAGCAUGGAGCUGAAAUCCUUGGGUGAUAUUGAGCAGGAACUUGAGAAAUGCAAGACCUCUAUCAGGCAGCUUGAGUUGGAGGUGAACAAGGAGCGCUUUCGCAUGAUCUACCUGCAAACAUUACUGGCGAAGGAGAGAAAGGCUUAUGAUGGACAAAGAUGGGGAUUCAAGAGGAGGUCCCUAUUACAAAUUGGAGACCAGUCAACUGUUUCAGAAUCCCAGAGGUCCCAGUUAGAUGAGCCUUCGGUGGAGGAGCAGCCAGGAGAGGCAGCUGACCUGGGGAGAUGCAGACAGUUUCCGGAGGGAGAGGUGGAUGGCGUGUCCCCUAAACAGAGGGGUGGGUUGUCCUCUUACAGGCCCAUGGUGGGCUCCACAGACACAGAACUGGACAGGGACAGGGCGGGCUCAGUGGCAGCACUGAGGUCCAACUUUGAGCGCAUCAAACGAGCCAACUCUCACAGUACUGGAGACGGGAAAGGGGUCGGAGGGAUGGAGAGACCCUUCUAUGCCAACAUGGAGUACCACCACGAGAGAGGCCUAGUGAAGUUCAAUGACAAGGAGGUCUCAGACAAGAUCAGCAGCCUUGGCUGUCAGGCCAUGCAAAUGGAGCGGAAAAGGUCCCUGCAAUCGCUGCCCGGGAACUUGUCCACCGCUGUUGCAGAGGUCCGCAAAUCUGUCCUCAGAGGCAGGUCCACAGAGGGUGGCUGCAGCUACAACGGGCAGCAUGACCAGACCGAGGGGAACCGUUGGGAUGGGGUGAAAGUGGCUGCUGACUGUCAGCCCUACACUAGUGUGUAUGUGGGAGGGAUGAUGGCGGAGGGAGAAGGGAGGAUCGUCCACAUCAGGGACCACAGUGUGGAGGAGGACUCCCACCUCACCUGGCCGAGGCGCUCUUAUUCCCCCGGGGGUUUUGACGACGGCGGCGGCUAUACCCCGGACUGCAGCUCCAAUGAGAACUUAACGUCCAGCGAGGAGGACUUCUCCUCUAGCCAGUCAAGUCAUGUGUCCCCAAGUCCUACCACCUAUCACAUGUGCAGACAGAAGUGUCGCUCACCUUCACAGAUUUCCCAGCAGUCCUUUGAAAGCGGUAGCCCACCCACUCCCCUGGCUCUGAAACGGAUGAAGCAGCAGGUGUUGGUGUCUGAGGCCUCCAUUGUGGGUGUCUGUAAGUCAGCCCAGUUCUGGCCCGUUGAUCGGGACUCCACUAUGUCCAGUAGAACCUCACAUGACAACAGUCUACAUGGAGAUCUAGAAAGCCCCUACGGUGGGACCUCUCCUCCCUAUGGCUACGACCUGCAGCAGGGAGAGGAGGAGCAGCAGGGAGAGGAGCAGCAGCACCUCCUGUCCUUCAGUACGUCGCCCUCAACCUCACCUCGCCUCCACUCCAAAAGCCGUGGCGACGGGGACACUCUCUCCUCCAGCUCCCUGGAGUCCACCCUGUCGGCACAGCUGGAUCAGAAGAAAGAUCUGGAGAUGCGGAAGUGGGUUUUGUCAGGCAUCCUGGCCAGUGAAGAGACGUACCUCAGCCACCUGGGGGCAAUCUUACUGCCCAUGAAGCCUCUGAGGGCUGCAGCCACCACCUCCCAGCCGAUGCUGAGCAUCCAGCAGAUAGAGACCAUCUUCUUCAAGGUUACAGAGCUCCAUGAGAUCCACAAGGACUUCUACGACGCCCUGCUACCCAGACUUCAGGAGUGGAGUCCCGGACGAUGUGUGGGCGAUCUCUUUCAGAAACUGGCCAGUCAACUAGGAGUGUACAGAGCCUUUGUGGAUAACUAUAAAGUUGCUGUGGAGACGGCAGAGAAGUGUUGCCAGGCCAACAUACAGUUUGCUGAGAUAUGUGAGAAUCUUAAAGUCAGAGGCCCCAAGGAAAGCAAAGACCAGGCUAAAACCUCACUGGAAUCUCUGCUCUACAAACCAGUGGACAGAGUCACCCGCAGCACACUGGUUCUGCAUGACCUAUUGAAGCACACCCCUUCCAGCCACCCAGACUAUCCUCUGUUACAAGAUGCCCUGAGAAUCUCCCAGAACUUCCUGUCCAGCAUCAACGAGGAGAUCACCCCGCGCCGGCAGUCAAUGACUGUGAAGAAGGGAGAGAAUCGCCAGCUGCUGAGGGACCGCUUCAUGGUGGAGUUGGUGGAGGGAUCCAGAAAACUUCGCCACGUCUUCCUCUUCACAGACCUGCUACUCUGUGCGAAGCUGAAGAAACAGACGGCAGGGAAAGGACAGCAGUAUGACUGCAAGUGGUACAUUCCACUGUCCGACCUCACCUUCCAGACCAUCGAAGACUCUGAGGCCACUGCCACCCCCCAGGUCCAGGAAGAGGAAAUUGAUGCGAUGAAGAUCAGAAUCUCACAGAUCAAGAACGAGAUCCAGAGAGAGAAGAGAACCACUAAAGGAGGGAAGGCCAUCGAGCGUUUGAGGAAGAAACUUCUGGAACAGGAGUCCCUGCUGCUGCUCAUGUCCCCCAGCAUGGCCUUCAGGGUGGCCAACAGGAACGGCAAGAGCUUUACAUUUCUCAUCUCCUCGGAUUACGAGCGUGCCGAGUGGAGGGAGAUCAUCCGGGAGCAACAAAAGAAAUGUUUCAAAAGCUUCACGCUGACCUCUUUGGAGCUGCAGAUGCUCACAAACUCAUGUGUGAAGCUUCAGACAGUUCAUACUAUUCCAAUGACAAUGAAUAAAGAAGAAGAUGAAUCGUCUGGGCUCUAUGGUUUUCUGAACGUCAUUGUUCACUCUGCAUCAGGACUCAAACUGAGCUUGAAUCUGUACUGUACACUGGAAGUGGACUCAUUUGGCUACUUUGUGAACAAAGCCAAGACCCGCGUGUACAGAGACUCUAUAGAACCCAACUGGAAUGAGGAGUUUGAGAUCGAGUUGGAGGGCUCUCAGACCCUGAGGUUGCUGUGCUACGAGAAGUGCUACAGCAAAGCCAAGCAAAGCAAGGAGGACGGAGAGAACGCGGACAGAAUCAUGGCCAAAGGACAGAUCCAGCUGGAUCCCCAGACACUACAAAGCAAAGACUGGCAAAGAACAGUCAUCACUAUGAAUGAGAUUGAGGUGAAGCUGUCAAUGAAGUUCACCAGCAGAGAGUUCAGUCUGAAAAGAAUGCCCUCGCGGAAACAGUCAGGCGUGUUCGGGGUGAAAAUCAGUCUUGUAACAAAACGGGAGAGGUCCAAGGUUCCCCUCAUCAUAAAGCAAUGUGUGGAGGAGAUUGAGCGCCGAGGCAUGGAGGAGGUGGGAAUCUACAGAGUCUCUGGUGUGGCAACAGACAUCCAGGCCCUGAAGGCCGCAUUUGAUGCCAAUGAUAAGGAUGUGUCCGUGAUGAUGAGUGAGAUGGAUGUGAAUGCCAUUGCGGGAACACUGAAGCUGUAUUUCCGUGAGCUACCGGAACCCCUUUUCACAGACGAGCUGUACCCCAACUUCGCUGGAGGCAUCGCACUGUCAGACAGUGUGGCGAAGGAGAGCUGCAUGCUGAACCUGCUGCUUUCACUCCCAGAACCCAACCUGGUCACCUUCCUCUUCCUGCUGGACCACCUGAAGAGGAUUGCUGAUAAUGAGAGCGUUAACAAGAUGUCUUUCCACAACCUGGCCACGGUCUUUGGUCCAACCCUGCUCCGCCCAUCUGAGAAAGACAGCAAGAUCCCGGGCAGUGCCACGCAGCCCAUCACCAUGAAUGACAGCUGGUCACUGGAGGUUAUGUCACAGGUACAGGUCCUACUGUAUUUCCUUCAAUUGGAGAGCAUCCCAACACCGGACAGCAAACGUCAAAGCAUACUAUUUUCCACUGAAGUAUAGUGGGAGCAUGGACAUAUCAAUCUGUGAAACAUUUGGUGGAAGAAUUAGAUAAAAUUAUGUCUUAGUAAAUUGUUGGCUGUGACUAAGAAUGACUGCUGCAGGAGGUAUUGAUUGCUGCUGACUGAUAGGACAGGGUUACAAGGCACCUGCUACUUAUGGCCACUAGAUGGCGUCACAGCACAUUCCACACUGGUCAAAUACAAUAGGACCAUAAUUAAAGCCAUUCCAUUAUAAUUAAUCAUCGUCCUAAUAUCAUACUUAAUGUGUAGCUGACCUUAACUGACGUUCAACAACAAAAAAAGCCACAGAAAAUUCCAAGUAAACUUUUAUUUGGUUUUAAAUUGCAUUUUUAUUAUUUUAACCUGAUAAUGAGUGAGGCAUAUUGUCCAGUUUGUGGUUCAGCUUUUUGUACUAAAUAGUAAAGUACUGAAUGAUAUUCGGAUACAUUUGGGAUAUUUUGAUAUUCAUACUUUCAAUGUCAUUACCUCAUUUGGUGGGCUGCACGCUUACAGAAGUGUUGAUACUUUCUGUUAUUUAUAUCGGACAACCAACUCAUUUUGGCAACACUUAUGAUCCACUAAUGUUUAGAUCAAUCAAAAUCUGUCCUGAUUAUUGACCUAAUAUAUGAUGUCUGUUUUAUUUAAACAAUAAGGCUAGAGACUGUGUGUAAUAUACUAUAGCGUCACUGCUAAGCCAUGGUGUUCUGGUCAUAUACCCCUCCUGAGGUGCCUUAUUGCUAAUAUGAACUGGUUUCCAAUGUUUUUCGAACUGUGAAAAUCUUAUUUUUUGUGCCAUACCUGUAGUAUAUAACACUGUACAUGAUGAGUAUGAUAAAAACGUUUGACUGUUCUAAUUACAUUGGUAAUCAGUACAAUAUCGAUAACCUCAGGUUUGAGCCAAUCUGCAUUCGGGCCCCCCCAAAGAGCAAAUGUUUUGACAAUUUGGAUUCACCUGACCUUCAUCCAAAUGCUUUCCUUAUUUUGUAAAGAAUGUGUAACUGAUCAUACUUCUAAGUAGGUAUAUAUGUAACAUGCAGGCAUGUUGACUUCAGUGUUUUCUUUAAAUCACUACUGUUAU